AUGCAAAAACUUGCCAACAUGCGUCACUGGCCUGAGAGGAUGAGUCCCAACUUUGGCAUGUCACCAAGACAGAAUAUGGGCGCCGCAGCUCUAAAUCCCCACCAGAAGGCGGCAGCUUCGGGCGCUUCACCGUUGAGUCCCUCGCCUGCCGCGGAUACCACGAUACACUACUCCUUCAACGUACCUUUUGCAUCCGAUCUGGCUGGCCCGAAUACGGAAGAGAUCCUGCAUGCCACCGGCGACUCGGUCAUGCGAUGGACGCAUCCAGGAGACGCCCCGGACGACGUGCCCGUUUACGACCUGCCCGUCCACGCCCAGAACGUCGCCAACCUGCGGAAUAUGUGUGCAGAUCUGACAAAGGGCCCCUUGCCGAUCGAGGCUUAUGUCGUGUCAACAACCCCGAGUCGUGCCAAAGCACGGCAGAUCACAACUGUCUGCCUGACUGGUCCUCCGGAGCUCGUACACAAAAGUCGAGAGACUAUUUUGAAUGAUACCCCAUUAGCUCUGCGUUGUACCACCGUUGACGUCGAAUACGGUCUUGUCGUUGAUGCCAAAGCUGGCGUUCUCACCAAGAGAGUCACCGAUGCUCUUGACGCCUUUGCUAAUUAUUGCGGAGUUGAUAUAUUCAUACUUGGGCCCAAGCUCACGCCCAUGGUCGAUGGCUUGAAUGGCGACGUUGAAGUCAUUCGGGACCAGCGAUGGCGCGUAGCUGUCUAUGGCGACAUUGAGUCUUCGGAGCACGCUAAGACUCAGGUCUUGAUCUUCAUCGACAAGUUGCUUGGACGAACCGUUGACGUCAUGCGUAUCGAGAGCAGCUUGCAUCCAAUCAUCUGCGGGCGAUCAAGGAAGAACAUCAAGCUCAUCGAAUCGGCCACCAACACCGCUAUUUAUUUCCCGCCGUUUGCCCAGCCCUACCGUUAUUGCCCGCCUAACGCGCAACGACGGAACCCCGAGGAGAUAUACAUCACUGGCGAGAACCCCCAAGGUAUUGAAUUGGCGAAGCGAAAGAUUCAUGACCUCGUUACUCGGACAAACUUGUUCAUGAAGGAUUCCAUCGCUCCUCCUUCCAAGAUUGACAUGGUUCUCCUUGGACGCAUGGAGAAGGUGCGCAAGAUUAUGGAAAACAAUGGCACUUACGUUAUGUUCCCUCCUUUGGCAUCUCAGCGCAACACGAUUCGGGUUCAAGGCGUUGAAGGUCUGCAGAUCGAGCGGACCAUGAAGGAAAUCAUGCAUCUGGCCGGCCAAUACUACUUCGCUACUUGGUGGAUUCAGCAGCCUAGUGCCUCGCAGCUACCCAGCCCGCAUGAUAUCCGCACUAUGCUGGGUGAUAUCUGUGCCAAUUCAGAUGCUGACAUUUCUUUCGACAAGGCGACUUUCACCGUCACAGGCUCCGACGAUGCCGUCAAGGAUGCUUUGCGAGUGUUAGCACAAAUCAAGUUUGUGACCCAGACGCAGCAUCAAAUUAGGGUCAAGAUUGAGCUAGCCAAUGAACACAAGGAGUUUGUGUCUGGAAAGAAGAACGGCAAAAUCAACAAGAUCAUGACUCAGAGCAAUGUUCAAAUCAUCUUUGACAGCUUCAGGGAAUAUAAUUUUGACAUUGAUGUCAUUGCCCCCAGCUACGAGGCAAUGAAGCAGGGUUUGGGCCUUGUUGAACAAGAGAUGCCUGCCUCGAUUUCUUUCCACGUUCCCGACCAGUACCAUAAGCGCAUUAUCGGCAUUGGCGGUCAGCACAUCCAGCGCAUCAUGAAGAAGCAUUCCGUCUUCGUCAAAUUUUCCAACGCCAUGGAUCGUGGUGGUAUGGGCCGCGAGGACGAUGAUGUCAAAGUCGACAACGUGAUCUGCCGUACUCCUGCGCGCAACGCCCAGAAUUUAGAACUAGUCAAGUCUGAGAUUCUGGACAUGGUUGACCGCGCUCAUUCCGAGUUCACUUCUCAGGUCGUCAAUGUGGACCGCCUGUACCACCGCCAGUUAAUCGGUCGCCUUCCGGAGAUCGAGGAGCUUGAAAAGAAGUGGAACUGCAAGAUUGUCUUCCCAAGCACCGAGCAGGCGAGUGACGAGGUUACUGUCACCGGUCCAGAGUGGCAGGUUCCUCUUUGCGCCGAUGAAUUCUUGGGUAUGGUGCCUGAGACACACGAACUUGUCCUCGCGCGAACUCCUGCCCUAGUCAAGUUCCUCGAAUCUCCAGAAUUCGUCAACGAGCUUGUCACCAGAUUGAAAACUCAACACGAGGUCACAGUGGAAGUCCACGAGAAUCCGGAGGAAAAGACGGAGGAUGGCGGUCGUACAGUAACUCUUUUGUGGAAACUGACCCGCAACAACACUGGUGGUCUUCGCGACGCCAUCGACUUUUUGCAAGCUCAAUUUGCUGCAGCUAGCAUCGAGCCUGCUGUUGUCAAGGGCGCCAUUCCCCGGCCCAAGUCGGACUCUUUUGAAGACUCUCUUCAAUAUUUCGAUUCCAAGCUGCUUCAGCAUGCCCCUGCUUCUGUUGGUACCGAUUCACCAACAAAGCCGGGCUUCGGCGAGGAAGUACAAUCCCGCAGCAGUACCUUGCUCGACAAGCUCAGAAAGCCUGCUCAGCUCCUGUCAUCGCUUGACCGCAGAAAGAACAGCUCUCACUCGGUCAAUACCUUAUUCAAGGGAUCAGCCAAUGUUUCAAAGUCAUCUUUGAUCUCAAUUGAAUCCACUCGCAGCUUCAAUGCUGACAGAAACCCCUGGAACGAUAGCGGCGUCAAUCUGACUGACGACGACAACAUUUGGGGAAGUGGCCAUUUUAGCAGUGGCUUCACCAGCAAAUUGACGCCUCCCAGCAUUUUACACGGUGGCGGUGAUGUCACCCCCCGACAUGGUCCACGUGGCUCGGGCGACAGUGGCCGGCCUUCCACUUCUCAUUCAACAAAUUCUGGAUACCCCGGUCCUAUUGGUGGACCUUUCCGUUAG